AUGCCCCUGGAUUGUUCCAAAUUUAUUGUUGGGGAACCUGUCGAUGAGGCGAUCAGCUUUUGUUCAUGGAAGGUUAUUCUGGCCUAUCCUGAUAGCUUCAUCGGCAAGGCGAACACGCCUCGAGCCAAGCCCUUCUUUGACAAAAUCUUGGAAGGCAGAGUCUGGGAUUUUUUUUACCUUUACCAUCCUGAGAAACCCGACGAAAAGCCUCGUUUACUGGUGCCUACGGUUCAGUUUGAAGAUUUUCUCGAGAGCAUCAACAGGGUGCUCGGAACUGCUCUCGCUAUUCCAGGAGGGGCAAAUCAAGAUCGCUUCUAUCUGAAAUUCGGCCAGGGGGAUGCACCAAGGCCUCGAUAUUUGAAGAGAUCAAGAGACCAGAAAGUCUUGGACAUUGAAAGCUUCCCCGUCUUUCAAAAUACGGACUGGGAGAGCUUCCGGGCCGCGCAUGGCGCCAUUCAGCAAGGCUGGAUGAACAACUGGUACAUGAUGGUACCGAGGCCAGCUUUCCAAGACAAGAAGAAAGAUUCAGGAAGAAAGGCUGCUCAACGAAAGCUUGACCGAGAGCGAAUGCUUCACGAGACUCAGGAAUAUCUUCAUCUGGUACCAGCCAACAGCGUUGCGGCAGAUGUGGUUUUCAUUUGCAUGGACGUCGAAGCCAUCGAGAUGCCGCCCAAUCCCAUUUCUGAGGUUGGAAUAGCCAUCCUUGAUGUCAAAGACCUUGAUGGUGUGCAAUCGGGACCUGGUGGCCAUAACUGGUGGCAGUUUAUCAAGGCGUAUCAUCUUCGAACUAAAGAGUAUGCCGGCCUGGUGAACCACCGUUUCGUCCAUGGAUGUCCUAACUACUUCGACUUUGGCAAAAGCACUUUCCCAGAAGAAUGUGAGCUCCCUGAAGCCAUUCUAGAGAUCCUACAGCCUUAUGUAGACUCGAAGCGUCGGAUAGUGUUUGUCGGUCACGACGCUCACCAGGACAUCAAGUACCUCUCGAGUGUUGGAUUUGUGGUACCCUCCAUUCGACGUCUUGUUGGGCAGCUAGAUACCAAGGAUAUACACCAGGCUUGGAAAGAAUUGGAUAAUGGGAAGAGCCUCCUGAGCGUCCUCAACGACCUAUCCAUUCGUAGCAAGCACCUACAUAACGCCGGCAAUGAUGCCGUAUUCACCCUCCGCGCCCUCAUCGGGGUUGCUCUUGAGGAGAUUCGGGAGAAGGAAGCAAAGGCAAAGGGUGACGAGUACAAGCCGGCUCUGUGGGAUGUCAAGUUGGAGGAACCUGAGAUUGAAGGAAUGGAGAAAUGGGUGUAA